ACAGAUCACUUGGAAAAAAAAAAAAUUAAAGCAAAACAUAUCAAAAAACAAAAAUAAUCAGAUUGAGCAGGUCAUUUCAGGUUGACCCGAAAAUAAAACAGAUCAGGUCGGGUCACAAUUUUCAACUCGAAAAACUAAAUAGAUCAGGUUCAGGUUAGGGGUUUCUGACUCGAAACCGAGAUAACCCGAACACGAAAGUGACCUGACCUGAUUUGUUUGCCACCUCUAAAUAUAGGGAUAUAAACUAAGUAUUUUUCCCGGCUAAAAAAAGAAAAACUAAUUUGCAGUUGUACAUUUCUUUGAAAAUCUGUUUUCCAUGAAAUUUUGAAAAAGUUUCUCAUUAAUCCAAAUGAGGCCUAAAUAAACUUGUAUUUAUCCAAGAAUUUGAGCCAUACCCAAAAAAAAAACAAGAAAAAAAAAAAAGGAAGGGGAAGUGAACCUGUUCCCAAACCAUUCCAUAUUUCCUCUUUCCAGAACUUUAACGCUACCCUUUUGUUUUUUUUUUUUGAAUAGUAACUAUUCUUCUUCUAGGGUUUCUUUUCGUAUAUUCGAUCAUCAAUUUCUUCUCAGAAUUUGGGGAUUUCAGCUGAUUGAAUUCAACCAGAGUUGAAAUUGAUCAACUAUUUGUAUUAAUUAUUAAUUUAGAGCUGAUUUAUUUCAUUUGUAUGGAUUCGAAUAAUUGUCCACCUGCUCAAAAUGGAGCUCCACCUCCAAUGAAUGGUCACGAUUGGCGGAGUCAUCUUCUGCCGGUGUCUCGCGAACGAAUGGUCAAUAAGAUAAUGGAAACUUUGAAGAGACAUCUCCCAUAUUCUGGCCAAGAAGGGCUGCAAGAACUCAAGCAGGUCGCCAUUAUAUUUGAAGAAAAGAUAUAUAGCGCUGCUACAAGCCAGUCUGAUUAUCUGAGGAAGAUAUCAUUGAAGAUGCUCACAAUGGAGUCACGAUCUCAGAAUUCACUCCCAAAUGCUUCGCCUUCCAACUCUUCUAGCAUGAGCAGAAAUCCCCAGGAAGAAGAUUUGCCAAUUGAUAAUUUGUCAAUUGAUGAGGCAGAGCAGCCACCACAAAGGCAGCAGCUGCAACACACUACCCCAAUUAAUGAGGAGCACUGACAGCGAACAAUUAGGAAGAUGACAAAAUUACUUUGUAAUUACUUUGUAUAUAAUGGAGAGGAGUGAAUGAAAGAGGGCAUUCAAUUAUUUUGUAAUUUAUGCCCUAGGAGAUUGAUCGCCUAAAGCGCUUAUGGAGAUUGGUAGGCUAAAUGUAUUACCCUUGUGUGAAACGCUUCUUUUAGUUUAUGCAAAAAAUUAAACUUUCCCUUA